UUAAAAGCAUGCUUAUCUCAAAUGCAAAAGACAAACUUAAUAUUUAAAAACUCCCAGAAGCUGGAACCUUGUGGAGGUCUUUGUGGUGGGUGUGAACCCGAGAAUCACCCACUCAGGAGUCGUUUGCGUCGACGAAGCAGCGAGCGUGAACACGGGGUCUAUAUAAGUAGACCGGGGAAGGGUCGAUGAGCGGUGACAACGAGGAAGGUCCAGUCCAGAUCGCGCAGCACCCGAACCUCACUGCUCGACAUGGAGAUGCCCGCUAACUUCAUCCUCCGCCUGCUGCUGAUCUCCGCGCUGCUCGCCUGCAGCCCGACGGAGGCGUGGUACAAGCAGGUGGCCGGGCCGAGCUACUACUCGGUGGGCAGGGCGUCCGGCUUGCUGUCCGGCUUCCGGAGGUCACCGUACGUCCGGAGAGCGGAGCUGGAGCCGCCAGACAGCGGAGAGGCUGCGGCCAACAGCCCGUUUUCUGAGUUAACUUCGCGCAACUCCAUCUUGAAGACAAUGCCUGUUUGCAUCAAGGACAUUACACCAAACCUGCAGAGCUGCGAGUUGUUCCAGGAAGUCAAGGGUUUGUUCAAGUGUACAGCGGACGUCUUCCUCUCUCUGGACUCCUCCGACUGUGCAGGGGACUGAGCAGUGGAGCCGACAACUGCUGCCGGAGGAUGAAGACAACUUCUGGAGGAAGUGAUUGAAAAAACUGUAUAUUUUAAUGUGAAGUUUAACAAAAGGUGUGUCUUCCAAACG